UUCUGGCGCGGUACGGCGCGCUAGUUAGUGCGUCACUUCCGACGGAGCGGAUGAGGCGGGAGAGUGAGGGAAAGGCUGGAAGACGAGCCUGCAGGAUGUGUCCUCAGUGAAGGCUAUUGCACAAUGGCAGUUUUUGAUACUCCUGAGGAGGCCUUUGGCGUCUUACGUCCGGUCUGUGUUCAGCUCACAAAGACCCAGACGGUGGAGAAUGUGGAACAUCUACAGACACAAUUACAGGCCGUUAGUGACACUGCCCUUCAGGAACUUCAGCAGUAUAUCCUCUUCCCUUUGCGAUUUACCCUGAAGACCCCCGGUCCCAAAAGAGAGCGCUUGAUCCAGAGCGUGGUGGAAUGCCUCACAUUUGUCCUCUCUUCAACAUGUGUGAAAGAACAAGAGCUUCUCCAGGAACUCUUUUCGGAACUCUCUGCUUGUCUGUAUUCACCCAACUCCCCAAAACCCGCAGCUGUGUCAGAGGAGUUGAAAUUGGCUGUGAUCCAGGGACUCAGCACAUUAAUGCACUCAGCUUAUGGGGACAUCCUUCUGACUUUUUAUGAGCCCUCCAUUCUGCCUCGUUUAGGAUUUGCUGUAUCUUUAUUGUUAGGGCUAGCAGAACAGGAGAAAUCAAGGCAAAUUAAAAUUGCUGCCUUAAAAUGUUUACAGGUUCUACUCUUUCAAUGUGAUUGUCAGGACCAUCCGAGGCCUUUGGAUGAGCUUGAGCAAAAGCAGCUGGGGGAUUUGUUUGCUUCUUUUUUACCUGGAAUCUCAACUGCACUGACAAGGGUUAUCACAGGAGACUUUAAACAAGGUCACAGCAUUGUCAUAUCUUCCCUAAAGAUCUUUUACAAGACAGUGGGCUUCAUUAUGGCUGAUGAACAGCUCAGAAGAAUCUCAAAGGUCCAAGCAAAGCCUGCAGUUGAGCACAAAGUAGCAGAGCUAAUGGUUCACAGGGAAGCAGAUUGGGUAAAAAAUACUGGUGACAAGUUGACUAUCCUUAUUAAAAAGAUCAUUGAGAGUGUUUCGGUUCACCCACACUGGAAGGUGAGGCUGGAACUGGUAGAACUUGUGGAGGCCCUUCUUUUGAAGUGCAGUCAGUCGCUGGUCGAAUCUGCUGGUCCCCUUCUGAAGGCUUUAGUGGGCCUAGUAAAUGAUGAGAGUCCUGAAGUCCAAGCCCAAUGCAAUAAAGUUCUGAAAUAUUUUGCAGAUCAGAAAGUCGUGGUAGGCAACAGGGCCUUUGCUGACAUCUUGUCAGAAAGCCUGCAUUCCCUUGCCACGUCUCUUCCCCGCUUAGUUAACUACCAAGAUGAUCAGGGCAAAUUCUGUACUCUCUCCUUGUUACUUGGUUAUCUGAAACUCUUGGGCCCAAAAGUAAACUUUGUCCUCAACUCUGUGGCCCACCUCCAGCGCCUUUCCAAAGCACUCAUCCAAGUUCUAGAACUAGAUGUGGCUGACAUCAAAAUUGUUGAAGAGCGGCAUUGGAACUCUGAUGAUCUGAGUGCUUCUCCAAAGACCUCAGCUGCUCAGCCGUGGAACCAAAUUCAGAGGAGAUAUUUCCGCUUCUUCACUGAUGAGAGGAUUUUCCUACUCUUGCGGCAGGUUUGUCAGCUUCUUGGUUAUUAUGGGAACCUUUAUUUGCUUGUGGAUCACUUUAUGGAACUGUACCGUGAAUCUGUGGUUUACCGGAAGCAAGCUGCCAUGAUCUUUAAUGAAUUGGUUACAGGGGCUGCUGGGCUGGAGGUGGAGGAUCUUCACGAAAAACAUAAUAAAACAAGCCCAGAGGAACUGAGAGAGAUCGUGACAUCUAUACUUGAAGAAUACAUAAGCCAAGAAAACUGGUAUCUGGUUACCUGUAUUGAAGCUGAGGAAAUGGGAGAGGAACUAAUGAUGAAGCAGUCAGGACUCCAGGCCAUCACAUCUGGUGCACACACCAGCCAAAUUACAUCUUUUCCAGCCUUCUCAAAACCAAGUCCCACUAUUUGCUCCAUGAACAGCAACAUCUGGCAAAUAUGCAUCCAGUUGGAAGGUAUUGGCCAAUUUGCAUUUGCACUAGGAAAAGACUUCCAUUUACUCUUAAUGUCAGCCCUCUAUCCAGUACUGGAGAAGGCUGGAGACCAAACUCUGCUCAUUAGGCAGGUGGCUACCAGCACCAUGAUGGACAUUUGUCACGCUUGUGGCUAUGACUCCCCACGGCACCUGAUCAAUCAAAAUUCAGACUAUUUGGUGAAUGGGAUUUCUUUAAAUCUGCGUCAUCUGGCUCUGCACCCUCAUACCCCAAAGGUCUUAGAAGUUAUGCUGCGGAACUCAGAUGCUAGCCUGCUUCCUUUGGUGGCAGAUGUGGUUCAAGAUGUCUUGGCCACCCUGGACCAAUUUUACGAUAAGAGAGCUGCUUCCUUUGUCGGUGUUUUGCAUGCCCUGCUGGCAGCAUUAGCCCAAUGGUUCCCAGACAAAGGUCAUCUCGGGCAACUCCAAGAGCAAAGUCUAAGGGAGGAGGGAAGUCAUUUGAGCCGAGGACCAGCAACUCUUGAGAAUAGCACCACAGCUGAAGACAUUGAACAGUUUUUGCUGAACUACCUCAAAGAAAAGGAUGUGGCAGAUGGAAAUAUCUCGGAUUUUGAUAAUGGAGAUGAGGAGCAGUCAGUCCCUCCCAAAGUGGACGAGAAUGAUACCCAUCCAGAUGUGGAGCCAGCACUACCAGUGCAGAUCCAAAUAGCCAUGGACGUGAUGGAGCGCUGCAUCCACUUGUUGUCAGAUAAAAAUCUGAAAAUCCGCUUGAAGAUCUUGGAUGUGCUAGAUUUGUGUGUGGUUGUUCUGCAGUCCCACAAGAACCAGCUCCUUCCCUUGGCUCAUCGGGCCUGGCCCUCACUUGUGCACCGACUCACAAAUGAUGACCCCCUGGCAGUGCUCAGAGCCUUCAAGGUCGGGCUGUUUCUACAGGUUUUACGUACACUAGGAGGCAAGUGUGGCGAUUUUCUACGUAGCCGCUUCUGCAAAGAUGUCCUGCCAAAGCUGGCUGGCUCCUUAGUCACCCAGGCUCCCAUCAGUGCCAGAGCUGGACCAGUCUACUCGCACACGCUGGCCUUCAAGUUGCAGCUGGCUGUCUUGCAGGGCCUGGGCCCCCUCUGUGAGAGACUGGACCUAGAUGAUUUGCUAAUGGCAAGAAGCAUUCUCUUGGUCAGAGGGUGAUUCACUUCUAUGCUCUAUUUCUGGCAACCGGGUGACCCUGGCACCUCACCAUGCCUCAGCUCCCUCAACGACAAAGCAAAAGCACUGAGUUACUGAUUUGGCAUACCUCAGCACAACGGAGGGUCCUAUAUGGGCAUUGGUGCCAUGAACCUUCACAAAUUGUAGCAAAAUUGGGUGUGUGUGCAAGCAGUCACAUAUGUACAUUUUUGUAGACAGAGAAUCCACACCAUUCAUCCGAUUUUAUUAGGAGUCUGUGACCCAAAAACCAUUAAGAACCACUGGACUGAUGGCUUGCAGGGCCUUUUCUGAUUCUGAAAUUAUGUGAUUCUAAUUUCCAAGAGUUUUGACCAUGCCUGUUAGAGAAUAGCUAUGCCACCUCAAAGAGAAGAAGCUAUUUAUGGUUCCUUGAGUACUAAGGACUUUUCUCUUUAGCUGAAACUCUGAACACAGCAGCAUUCCCCAGACUUGAGACCCAAAAAAUGCACUCUGGCCCCCAUUUCCCAGCCCUUCUUCCAGCUGGGAGCAGCCUGCACCCUGGAACUGCCAUCUCCUGGAUACCUGCUACAGGGGCGAAAGCUGGGCUGUCUAGGUGUGCUGCUCUGGGCUCAACAGUUCCUCAGCUCCAUGUCCUAGAAUAGAAUCCUUCCACUUUCCUAGGCUUCUGGAGACACAUCCCUGAUCAUCCUUGCUGGGGUAGGAGUUAGUAGUCAACUCAUUCCCUGAGCAGUAAGAGGCUGCUCUGACUGUGAAAUGGGGAGAGCUCACUUACUCCCUUAUAAACCUUGCACUCCCUGAGAGUGAUGGGAAUAUCUUUUUGAAUUGAUUUAUUGUCCUUUGCAAUUUUUGACUCUUGAUUUCCCCAGUUCCCUUUUUUCUUUCUGUCCCUUUCUCGUCACAUCGCUUAGGCCCAGAAUCAGUCAUAGUUUCUGGAGCACAGGGGCGCAUCCCAAUGAACUUCUUGUCCCCAGGCAUUCUUAUUCCUUAAAGAACCAACAUAGGGUAAAAAUAGUCCUCCCUGGGCAGUGACCCUGAAGCUGAUUGGGCUGUGAUUUAAACCAAGAACAUAAUGAAUUUAUCUUGAAGUAAAUUCUUUGAGGUGCCUGUUACAACCAAGAGUUACAAAGAUCUCAUUUUCACAUUCCCUGUCUCAUUUUACAUUUUCUACACACUCCACAUCCCAUCCUUCAAGUUUAGAGCCAUCAAACAAGCUAAUAUUCUCAAUUCAUUAUCUUUUCAUUUCUAAUUCUCUUUUUUGCUGCUGAAAGCAAUUAAACCCAGAUUUGGGCCUUGCUGAAUCUUGAGCUGGUAUUCCAGGUGCCACAGGAGGAGGACAGGGCAGCCAGGCACUGACUGCUGCUCGCCCUCGUUUGCUCUACUGUGCUCCCUUCUUGGAGCUGAAUCAGGUGACCUCCCUUAACAGGAAUGGGAGGUGGAGAAGUGCAAGGUUGAUUGCUUCACACACCCAUCAUCUGCAAACUUAUUUCGAAGUCAGGAAAAAAAUCAGUGUUGCCCUUGAUCAAGAGCCGAUUUGGCAUCUUGAUUCAGAAAUUAAUAAGCUCUCUAAAUGGAAGAAGAAUCCUGAGACAAUAGGAAACCCGGUCUCUUUGUGAGCCUCGUUAGUGUGUGAAGAGAGGGAGGUGGGGGUGCCCGAUUAGUACUGAAGUCACGCCUACUGGUACUGAUGCACCAGGUCUCCUGAAGGAGACUGAGUCCCCAUCUCGGUAAAUGGCCCCACCAUUGGUCUGUUGUUUGUCCUUCAUUCUUCUCUUUCCUUCACACCCCAUAUCCAUUACCAAAAGUAAAGCCUGUCUCAGAAAAUCUCUCUCAAAACUGUCUGCUUCUCUUCACCUCCAAGCCACGCCAAUCUAUGCCAGGCCACCAUCCUCUCUUACCUGAACCACAGAAGCCCCCUCACCAUUCCCUUCUACUUCCCCCUCCCAAGUAUUUUCCACACAGCGGUCAGAGUGACACACACACUUACUCACUCACUAUCAC